AUCACAGAUGUUGCCACGUAUUUUUAAAAACAACAAACGCGCCAACCACAAUGCCAAAAGGGAUGUUAUUAAAACGUCCACGUGGCGCCACGUACAACUCCAUCGACGUAAUCGUCAGCGAUCACCUCAAUUACGACCACCUUAUUCAAAUGCGAGGUCACAGAAACAGGUAUAUAAAGAAAAGCCAAACGAACAGUCACUAUGAGGACCCAGACGCUUAUGAUCAUGGCGGUAGUGCUGGUAUUUGCCUGUUUGUGGCAAACGGGUGACGCCCUGCCAGGCACGCAACCUACAACAACACCUGCACCACCAGGAAAACCUGGUCCACCUGCUGGCGGUAAUGUUGAUGACGAUGACGACGAUGAUGGUAAUGAUGACGACGGUGACGAUGGCGAUGACGAUGGCGAUGACGGUGGCGAUGGCGAUGACGAUGGCGGUGAUGAUGGAGGUGAUGAUGGGGAAGAUUAGAGAUAAAAUUCAAUGGACAUCACUGCUAUAAAACGUGUCGGUCUCAGGUUUCAUGUUGACUGGCUUCCCUUCAACCAACAUUGCCGUUCAAGGAGAUUUCAUCUAAUAUAAAGGACAUAACAUAAGUAAGCAGGAUAAAGCUUAUCUGACCUGUUAUUUGUGAAAAAAAAAGACGUACACUUUGCACACAGUGCCUAUUUCUACUGUUUACAAAGAUAAUGUUUGUUCAGAAUUGUAUCUUCACUAUCACACACUGUGUCUACGUCAUUGUCAUCAUGUGAAAUAAACACCUGACCGUC